AUGUGUUUACAGGUGCGGUGCAAGUGGGUCUGGAUGAACUCUGGUCGCAAUGGCCCUGAGAACUCUGAACUGAGCAACAAGUACAGGUCUGCCCUCAGCUCCUGGAACUCCAGUCUGGAUCUUGAUAUGAGCAAUUGGAGGGAAACUGAGAAUUCAGAUGUAGAGGCUGAAGAACUAGAGGAAAGCAUCCCAGAGAAAGAAUCUAGUGAGUUCCUUGUGGAAGAUGUCGAGAGUGAAGAAUCUCAGGAGGAGGGAGAGCAAGGCAACAGCCAGAACCUCCUUCACUUCCUCUCUGAGGGGGAGGCUCAGCAGGACUCAAAAGAGGAGGAUCAGGGUGAAGGGGAUACUUGGGAUGUGGACAAGCAGCCCUGGUCAGGUGACUGUGAUGACGGCACGAGCGCUCAGGACACUCCCCUGGUGGACAUCCUUUACAACUGCCCCAACUCCUCGCAACUGAGUGACCUAAGCCAAGGUGACCCUAUUCAGGAUCAUUUCCUAUUUAAGAAGACUCUUUUGCAAGUCUGGAAGAUGAUUGCCAGUCACAGGUUCAGCAGUCCAUUUCUGAAGCCUGUGUCAGAAAAGCAGGCCCCAGGAUACAAGGAUGUGGUGAAAAGACCCAUGGACUUAACAACCCUGAAGAGGAAUCUGUCCAAGGGACGCAUUCACACCAUGGCUGAGUUCCAGCGGGACCUGAUGCUGAUGUUCCAAAAUGCUGUGAUGUACAAUGACUCUGACCAUCACAUCUACCAUAUGGCCGUGGAGAUGCAGCGUGAGGUCUUGGAGCAAAUGCAGGUGCUGAGUACUUGGUUAGACAAACGGAAGGACUCGAGCAGUCCGGAGUGAGUGCCAGCUAAUCCAGUGGGUGAAGGCAGCCUGCUCUGAUAGCCUGGAACUACAAGUCUGAGUAGUUCUGAAACCUGGCCAGAGAAGAUCUGAAGACUUACUUCCUCCUUCUCCAUCACCUUCCCUAAUAAGGAUAAUAAGCCUUACUUCCUUACCGAGCAGUCAAUGGUGCUUGCAGCUGUAAUAUUUUAAAGGGCUGGAGGUGGGGUGCUGAGAUCCAGGUUUAUGAUGUAAAUAUUUCCCAUAUUUUUGUUGCAUAGAUUUAGAAGUGAUUUAAUUGAACCUUUUACCUUUUGCUUCUCUAUAAAUAAAUAUUUUAC